CUGGCUCUGGCUGGCCAGCUGAUCGUUGUUCAGUGACGUUACGAUGGAAGUGUAAGGUGGAGCCAUAGUGUUUCAUUUCAGUUAUAAUGGAGCAUAACAACAUAGAUGCUUGCAUAGAAGAAUGGGAAACUCUGAGUAACGAAUACAGAACUUUGGAGAAAGUCCACAAGGAAUACAGACUAAAAUUAGAUGAGUUAACACAGCUACAGCAGAAGUGCAUCAAAGGCAUAGCACAUCAGCGGUACAGAAUUGGCAUUAUUAAACAGUCAUUGAAAAAUUCUAAGAACAAGUCCUUUGGACAAGACCUGCAAAAUUCUAGAUUAGAUCACACAGAUGACCAGGACAAUGCUGAAAGAAAUGAGUUACUUCAGACAGACCUCAUUCGUCGUAAAGCCCAACUUUACGAUAUGGAGAACAACAUUCCAAAGCAGAGUGGCCUAUAUUUGAAAAUUAUUCUUGGAAAUAUCAAUGUUUCCAUUUUGAAUAAAGAUGAUAAGUACAGAUAUAAAGAUGAAUAUGAGAAGUUUAAGCUCGUCAUCAACUUAGUUGCAUUUGCCAUCUCUACAUUCAAUCUUUUAACAAACUUCAGGACUGUUGAUCUCGUUCACAUGUUUCUUUUGGUUUGGUACUACUGUACGUUGACUAUCAGAGAGAGCAUUCUUAAGGUCAAUGGAUCAAGAAUCAAAGGUUGGUGGCGUGCACAUCAUUUUAUAUCAACAAUCCUGUCUGGAAUUCUUUUGAUUUGGCCCAAUGGUGAGACCUACUAUGCCUUUCGAAAGCAGUUCAUGUUGUUCAACAUGUAUAUCAGCUUUGUACAGUACCUACUAUUCAUGUACCAGCGUGGUUGCCUUUAUCGUCUGAAAGCUCUUGGAGAACGUGACAACAUGGACAUUACAGUGGAAGGCUUCAAUUCUUGGAUGUGGCGUGGACUUGGCUUCAUUAUUCCCUUCCUUCUUAUAGGAUAUAUUUGGGAAUUGUAUAAUGCUUAUACUCUGUACCUUUUGUCUUUUACUGAUGAUGCAGAAUGGCAUGUGUUUACUCUAGCAAUUUUCUUCCUCAUCCUAUUCCUGGGUAAUACACUAACCACCCUCUCAGUCAUACCCCAGAAGAUUAAAGAACGCAUGAAAUUCAAGUAUCGCUUCACUAGGCUUGACAAAUACAUUUGGACGCAUAAAAAGAGAAGAGUGUCCUUCAGAAAUCUUGACUCGCCUCAGCGACGGACACCAGCAGCUAGGGCUGCUUCCUUCAAACGAGAACGCCCAAAUGUUAAGGAGGAAGACGAAGGAACAGGUCAACAGGAUAAGGGAUUGCCCCUUGAAGAAAAGCACAUCAAUAAUGAAAAUGAAAAUAUGACCACUGAAGGUGAAAUGAACAAGCUGUUAGAUGAUGUGACAAAGGACAUAGAUUUUGAGAAAGUUGAUAAAGAGAAUGAAGAUGAUGUAACAGAUUCAGAUGCAGAUGAUGACAUUCUUGAUUCUGAAGAGACUCCAAAUCCAGAGGACAAAUUAUCUGAGGAAUCAAAGAAAGAAAAAUGAGCAAGGAACAUUAAUUGUAAGUGUUAAAAGGUACAGUUAGUUGAAAUGUAAGCAUUUAUAUAUUUUAAUACUAUCAAAAUCAAAAAUAUAAAUUGUCAAAUGGAGUUGUAAAAUUAUCUUCCAGUCAAGUAGGCCUAAAAUACAGUUCUUCAUAUUUUUUUGUAAUAAAAAAUUAUAUUUGUGAUUUUGCAACAGAUUUUAGAGUACUGUAUUUUCGUGAAUGUCUUGCCAUGUAGAUUUUUUCAAGAUGAGUAACUUUUAUGUGGGUAAUUGUUAGAGAUUUUAAUGGACAAUAAUGAAAGAUUUCUUGAAACUGUUCUAACAGCAGAGUCAUAUAUUGCAUCAAAAUUUAUUGCAUGCCAAUACAUUCAGUAGAAAUCACUUAGAAAUCAUUACCCCUCUCUGCAGCUAGACCUAUUUUUGUCUAAUCUUUCGGGUGUCUCCAUUGCAUGUCUGGUUAUAUGAGCACCAUGAUUUUGUACUGUACAUUGUCUUCGCAAACAAAAUUUGUAUGACUUGCCACUUUAUUUUCCACAGAACCUCAGGUAUUUCACAACCCAGUACUUUCCAAUUGCUUACUCAAGCGUGUGUCUACUAGUGUUGUCAUGUGUUGAGAGGAACAAAAAUAUGUAUGUGGUAAAGUACUUAGCAGUUGCAUGUGUUCAAGUUUCUUCCAUAAAUAAAAAGUUAUGCCAACAGGAUAAAAUGAUUCAAUGUUUAUGUUCUUGGACAUAAGAGGUUCAAGUAUGAGAUUUGAUGGGCUUCAUUGUGCUGAUCAAUAUUAACUUUUUUUUUUUUAAAUCUGUAUAAGGUAUUCAUUUUAUUUUUUGGCAUCAAGAGGAAGAAAGUUGGGCUGUUUACUCUAUACUUUUUAAAGGAGCCUAUGAAGACUAUCUUUGAGAAAUCAUACAAUUAUCGUUCUACUUAAUGAUUCUUUUACACAUGCUGUUGGCAUUGUGUUUUUAAUGUUCCAUUCAACCCUUGGAAAACUUUGAUUGACCACUUCAGAACAAUAACUGGUAAUGCAUGUAUGAAGUCUGAAAUCUCAGACAGUUUGAGUUUGAAUGCAUGAGUUGCGUUAACUUCUCUUUUUUUUUUUUUUUUUUACGUAAGUCAUACUAAAUAUCAAUCAUAGAUUUAUAUCCAUUUGAGAGUAUUAGUCUCAUAGCAGGACUUAGCUUGCCCUGAAAUCAGUUAAUAACUAACAAGAAAUAAAUGAGAGCAAAAUUAAAAAUUAUCUAGCAUUGAAAAUACUUUAGCUUUUAGCAACUACACAACAGUUCACAGAAGUCAUGAUGAUAAACAGUGAAAAGUAAAAGAAAAUCCUACCUACAUGUGUGCUCAGUUCAGAAUCCAGGAGUAUCAGAGUAUGCAAUAAUAUAGUAACUUAAAUAUAGAGAUAUGGUUGUUCUAGAUGUUUUGUGUAUAAUAUACAUUAUCCCAAAAUAUGAAGUCUGUAUAUCAUAACUUUUUUUAGGAAAAUUUACAUUAUUUUCUUAGUUUAUACUAGGAGAAAAUUUAUUAUUAUUAUUAUAUAGGCAGUUUUAAGGCUAGUAAUGGCUGUGGGUCCUCAGAUGGAGCAGUCUCAUACAAAAGAGCUGUGGAAAAUUUGUAUGGACAGUGGAAAUAUAACUACAUCUGAAUUAUGGUUCAUAAGUGAAUAUGUUCAUUUUAAUAAAUAUAUAACCUCAGCAUUUAAAGCUCAAAUGGUGAAUUGAAGUAAGCUUCAAAAGACUGUGUCAAGCAUAACAGCAACCAACUUAAUUUUACUGUUUGGCUGUGAGGAAGUUUUCUUAAACCAGGAUGUACUGACCUAGCAUGAUUUGAUUUUAAAAUUAAUACUAAUUAAGUAGAUGAACCUCUUGUUAUUAAGAGCAAUUCUUUAUUUUUCCUUUUGUUUUCUAGUCAGACACAUGAUCAUCAUGUAAACAGAAUAUUUAGUAUAUUAACAAUACUAAUAGAUAGUACACUUAAUGGAUAGGAAACCAUUUAAUAAUUCUAGUCACAAUGUAAAAUGUAACUAAUUUUUGUACCCAGUUAUACAGACAAACCACUUAAGCACUGAGGGUUCCUAGUUAUAGAAAUCCAUAGGUAUCACUUACACUAGGUAUGGAAAUCCAUAGGUAUCACAUACAGUAAAAUAGUUGAUAGUAAACAUUCGUAGGGAUGCACUAAAAUUACAAUUUUGUAUCAAAAGAGAAUGAACAGCUUGAUAUUGGAAAUUGUUAGUGCCUUCAAGUGACAUUCCGGAGUGAUUUUUGUUAAAUUUUUAUAUGCACGGUUGUUGAAUAGGAUACUGUACAGGCAAAUCAGGCAUUUCCAGUAUCCUAGUUCUAAGUGCUUUAAAAUGAUUUCCGUCCACAAAUAAUGUGUACUUUUAGUUUUCAUAAAUUUUCACUUGCAAAAUGAACAUUCAGAAUUACCAGGUCUACAAAAUAUUUCAGCACUUUAUUAAGGCACUAGACAAAUGGAUUUUCUCCUGUGGGGUUCGGUUCAUUUGUGUUCUCUUAGCCCAACUGAUUUCCUAAAUACUUCAGAGUACAAGUCUAAUUUAAUUUUAAUUUUCUUGUCAAAUUUAUAUUUCAAUGAUUUACCAGUCAAUCAAGUUUUCCCAGGUUGAAACAUUCUCAGGCUUCUCUUAUUUAACAUUUACACAUUUAAAUAACGCUGGGUUGAAAUUAAGGUAUGUGUUGUAGUCUUAUUGCUCACUAGUUUAUCAGAUUUUGCUCUCUUCAGCCAAACAGGUUUUGCUUUUGGAAAUAAUGCAUUAAAACUUUUAACAAAUUUUUUUAAAAUUUAAUAUCAGGUAGCCAAGUAUGCAUUUAAAAUCAAAUAUAGAAGUUGUGCAUCUCUUUGAGAUAAGGUGCGUUAAUAUUUUCGAGCCAAACGAAAGACUACUUGUAACUUAUUAAACAGUGGUUAUUGUGAAAUAAAAAUAUAGGGAUGAUUUUUCCUGCUUCAGAUUUUUUGUAUUCAACAAUAUUAUAACCAAAAAGGUAACAGAUAGAAUAUUCUGAAAUAUCCUUACUUUUUUUUUAUAUAUAUACAGAAUUUUUUUGCCUUAGCUCAUUCUGAUAUAUAAUUAUGUUUUUUUUUUAUUAUUUGCCAAUUCAGAGGAUAUCCAACAAUUUGUAAAAAUGUAUAAGAAAUAUAUCUCGGCAAGAGCAAGUAUCUUCUGAGUUCUAACUGGAUUUGUUUGUUAAAACACUAAUGCAUUAUUGCAGAUAUUUUACCCUAAGGCAAAUAUGAAAAAUUCAUUCUCAGAGAAGCACAAAUAAUUUACACUUAGCUCUUAAGAUUUAAUUUUGUAUGGACAACAUUAGUUAAGUAAAAUAUGGUACAUGUAUUAUGAUUUUUUGUUCUUUUACAAUGAUAAACCUUAUUAUGCUAAUGGUGAUGGUGUGGAAAAUGCAAACAGGCAGUCAAUAAAUUAUGUAAUGAACUUUAGGAUUUAAAAUCUAUGAUUACCAACAAAAUUUAUGGCAGAUCUUUUAGAACAAGGUAAAUGAACUUCAUAUACAAGUACUGUGAUUAAGCUGCCUAUUGAUUUAUGUUUGCUUAAAGUUAAGCAGAUGGCCUGGAUAACUAAUCUCAAGAUAAAACUUAUUCAUUCACAUAGGUAAACAGCAUUGCAAGAUAUCAGUAAUCACCGAAAUAGUAGAAGCUUUCUAAAGUUUCACAGUAAAUAACAUGAAAAGACAUUAAUAGAAAGAACGUUGCUAUUACCUGUAAUGCAAUUUGGAUUUUACCAAACUCUGUAGCUGAAAAUUUUAUUGUUGAUCAUUUUAAUUCUUUAUAAUACUCACAACUUAUGAGAUGUAAUGAGCAAUAGGAAUAAAAUAAGCUGGGGAAAUAUCUAAAGUACAGUGAAAAUAUGAUGGAAGACAACUUUGUAUUUGAGAAUUACAGGUGAUAGCUUGAUUGUAUUUUAAUAGCCAAAAAUUUGACAAGAAAUCAUUGCUUGCCAUACAGUGUGCACAGUUAGAUUUAGUUCCUCCACAGUUAAAAUUAAGAUGGCAAAUUGGAGAUAUGUACUCAGAUAUAAAAUAUAUCAAAAUGUUAAGGAAAGGUGGAAGUUUUCAUGAAUCAUUUAAUGAGAUGAAAUUUUUCAGUAGCCUACACAAAAUAAAGAUGUCCUGAAACACAUUGUAUAGUAUUUUAAUGACUUCAAAGUGUCUUCAGAUGCGAUGUGUAGGAUGUAAUAGAAAACUAGGUUUAAUCAGAGAGAGUCUUAUUUUUAGGGUGUAUUUUAAUGACUUCAGAGAGGCGUCAUAUUUGAGCUGUAGGCUGUAAAAAAGUUGGUUUAAUUGGAGAAGGCUUGUUUUUAUGGUAAAAGUAGCUUUUGUCCUUUUAAGUCGAGAGAUAUUUCAUUACAAGGCAGACAGAGGCCAAAUCUUUCCCAACAAAUAGAGGCACUAUUGUUUUAGAGGAAUCUGGUUCAGUAUUUGUACUUCUUUUCAGGUAAUACAAGUUAUCUGGUUGCAUAAAACUUUUUGUGCUUUAUGUUCAUUGGUCAGUGUUUCAUAAAAGAAAAUGUUUAUCUUGAUGAAGUAUCUUUAAACUGAUUUAACUAUUGUGGUUAAGCUUGUUCUUCCAGAUGUAUUUUUUGACUAAAAUUGUCAUAGCACCUUAAUAUGUUUCUGUUUCUAUAGUUCAAAUAUUGUGCAUUACAUUACUACUUUGUAGCAAGUGCUCCACCAAGACCAUUUUUACAGACUUGUGUUACUUGGUCCAUUUUCUUAACAUGCAUUUAGCUAUGAAAAUUAGGCUUUGUGCAUCUCCUAUAGCAUUUCUUGUCGUACUUCACUCUCACAAGACCUUGCAUCAAAAUUUUGUCAUCCCCAAUUUUUUUUUUUAUUAUUAUUAAAGAAUUGUGGGCAGCUAAAUAUUAAUGAAACUAAUUUUUGAAUUUUUGUUCAGCUGUUGUUGACAUUUUGCUUUGUGCUAAAUUAUUUAUAGUCCCUGAGAAAAAGUACUUUUUAUGUGCUGUUUGUUGGACCUUUGCACAUUUGCUAAAACGGUUUUUAAAAAACCACCAUGAUUUUCAUAUAAAUGUUAAGUAUAUACCCACCGCAUUUAUAGUUUCCAGAUAGGAUUUUUAAGUUGAAAAAUACUACAACGUGGGUAUACUCUAAUGGCUUUUAUGCUUAUAAAUUUUUUGCAUUUUCCGUUAAAUAUUUUACAGGACUUGUUUGCCAAAUCAAAAGGUAUUUAUUAGUUUUUUUACUUGAAUGAUGUUUUUGUCUACCUAUAUAUUUUACUGGGAUUACUAUUGUACUGUAUAUGAUAGCACCAUUUUUCAAAUAAAAGCUCAUGAUUAUCAUGAAGUAAAUCAUUCUAGUUGUCACAUUUUUGUUACACUACAGUAUGUUAUAGCCACUGUGUAUGGUCAAUGUCAUUUGCGUUAUGUUUUGUAUGAGUAAAUGGUAUGUAUGUAUAUACAGUAUAUAUAUAUCUUGAUGAUGUAAAUAAUGGUUACAACUACCAACAUUUUGUAUCUGGGGAGUUGAAUAAAUGUAUGUUGAACUGA